CUAGGGCCAUGGCCGCCGGAAGCGGGCGACUGGCUCUGAGGACGCUACACGGCUCGGGCUGGGUGCGGGGCUCGGGCCCGGCCGUGCUGAGCCGCCUGCGUGACGAGGCCGUGGUACGGCCCGGCUUCCUAAGCGCAGCCGAGGAGGAGACGCUGAGCCGGGAGCUGGAACCCGAGCUGCGCCGCCGCCGCUACGAAUACGACCACUGGGACGCGGCCAUCCACGGCUUCCGAGAGACCGAGAAGGCGCGCUGGACAGAGGCAAGCCGGACCAUCCUGCAGCGCGUGCAGGCGGCUGCUUUUGGCCCUGGCCAGGCCCUGCUGUCCUCCGUGCACGUGCUGGACCUGGAACCUCGGGGCUACAUCAAGCCCCAUGUGGACAGCGUCAAGUUUUGUGGGACCACCAUCGCUGGCCUGUCCCUGCUGUCUCCCAGCGUCAUGCGGCUAGUGCACACCCAGGAUCCCGGGGAAUGGCUGGAACUCUUGCUGGAGCCAGGCUCUUUGUACAUCCUUAGGGGCUCUGCCCGCUAUGACUUCUCCCAUGAGAUCCUUCGAGAUGAAGAGUCCUACUUUGGGGAGCGCCGGGUCCCCCGAGGCCGCCGCAUCUCUGUGAUUUGCCGCUCCCAGCCCAAGGGCACUGCAGCUGGGGAGCCGGGUCAACCACCCCCAGCUUGCUGAUUCCUAAGAUUUACCUCCCUUCUGAUUAAAAAAAAAUAAAA